AUGAUGAAUAUUGAAACUUUGCUACAAGCAGCACAAAUAUUGGAAAGUCAGCAAUCAAUGCCUCCAAAAAAACGAAUAGCUAGAGGUGAUCGUCAAACUCCUCCGAAUAAUCCUGUUCCUACAAGUAUUCUGUCUCCGACAACAAUAAAUACUAAUCCAACAACACAAAUAAUAUCACCAACACCAAUUGUAUCAUCAACAUCAUCAUUAUUAAAAAAUGAUCGUAUUGAUGACUAUCCACAACUUGAUCUUAAUCUCAAUUUUCAUCAUCAUAAUCAUCUUGCUCAACAGCGUUUAUCACUAGAUCAAAAUGAUGAUGAUGAUGAUGAUGACGAUGAUGAAACAAAUAAUCAAAAUAUAAAUGGUAACAGUGAAUCAUCAAAUCGUGUUCAAACAACAUGUUUUCGUGAUCGUGAAAUUCAUAAUCGACUUGAAAAACAUCGACGAGCUCAUUUAAAAGAUUGCUUUGAUAGUCUCAAAGCAGAAGUACCUUGUCAACGUGAUCGAAAAAUUACAAAUCUUCAAAUACUUAAUCUAGCUAUUAAAUAUAUUCAGACUUUAACACGAAAAGAACGUGAAUAUGAAUUAGAAAUUGCUGCAUUAACAUCUCAUAAUGCUGAAUUACAACGACGACUUGGAUCUCUUAAAACAGAAUUAAAUUCCGAAGGACAUGAUGUGGAUACAUGGCUUGAUACAUGUUCCGAGAUUGAUCAUUCGACAUCCACACGUACAGCUUCUGAAGCUGAAAUGUAUCGAACAUUCGAUGAGGACGAUGAACUUGAUCAGUCUUCACAAAUACAUAAAAAAUCUAUUGAUUCAAUAACAAAUAAUAAUCACAAUGGUACAAAAUCUACUUCUUUUGCUAUUGAUCCCAAAAGUUUAUCAAAUAAUCGUAAAUUAACGACUCGUCAAAGAUCAAGACCAUCAAAAAGAAAGCUACAAUCAAUUCCAACUACAAAUUUAUUGCAAACUUUAACAAAUUCAUCAUCCAUAAAUAAUACCAAUACAUCUCGUUCAGAAAAUUUACUUGAUUUUAAUGUUGCAAGACAUCUUCGUCUUGAUGAACCAUGUAAUUUAUUAACAAAUAUUAAUUCCCGAACAAAAGAUAGUUUAUCAUUAACACCAAUAACUGAUAUUCGUUAUGAAAUCGUUGAUUUGUUUACAAAAGGUACAACAUCACAUUUGCAGCAACAGCAACAACAACAACAACAGCAGCAGCAACAACAAAUUUCACCAUUACCGUCCAUUGCCAGUCUUAUGAAUAGGCAUUCAUCACAACCAUCACCUGUGGUUUCACCAACAAAACAAACUAUUGGUAUUAAUACGGAUCCGUUAACAACAUCGACUACAAAUAUCCUUCACCAACCUGUUGCGACAUCAUAA